CGGAUGGCGCCGCGACCUGACACUUGAGACGCAAACCCCUGCCUCUCACUCACCCCCAACCUCAUCAUCGUCAGUGAGCCAGACGCGCAACGGCCGGGAAGAUGGAUCGCCCGGAGCCCGGCCUCGUCAAAUGGUCGCCGAGCUCCUCGGUGGAUAGCUUUGUACACAUCAACCUGCAGCAUCGGGUUGUUCAGUUGUAUGAACCCACAGGUCACGCGCGCAAUGGGCGCUUCGACUACGACAAGCUCACGCGACACGAUGACUUCCCUCCACUCACGACGUACGACUGGUCUCCCACAAACCCUGGUCUGCUCGCUGUGGGAACAGGCACAGGCCUUGUCAACCUUCUCCGCAUUGACGAUGGCUCCAAUGCCUACCUUGAGCUUGGCCUAAAGACCACGCGGACCUGUCAAGCUGUGGCCUUCAACACCACAGGUCUCCUCGCCGUAGGUCUUGACCGCGUUCGGGUGGACUCUAGUCUGCACAUAUGGGACGUAACUCGUCUUUCUUCGCUGGCUAAGACCCAGAUGAAAGGGUUACCAAAAGAUGUCCCUGGCCUGUCAGAACCGAGGGACCGGGUCGAGCAUAGUGUUUCCGUCUCGAGCAUCAAGUUCUUUGAGGAUAGUCCCCAGACACUGGUGGCUGGAAUAAAGGCCCAAGGCCUGCGUCUGCAUGAUCUCAGGGAUCGAAACAGGGGACUCCAACUGUUCCACACAAAGUGCAACAAUAACUUGACCAUUGACUAUGCGGAUCCGAAUUACUUUGCCUCCUCAGCAUUGGACCACCCUGGUGUCAUGGUCUGGGACAAACGCGUGACCACGCGCGCAGUCGCGCAGCAUUCAUACAUUCAGGCUACGGAGGAAGACGAACUGCCAUGGGGCGGCGCACUCAGGCUUGACAAGGUGAUCGACUCCGACUUUGACCCAUUCUCCUCCGAAGGCAAAUACUCCAUGGUCAGGUCGUUACGAUACUGCCGCGACCAUCGUGGUCUACUAGCGGUGCUCUCCCGAACGGGACAAUUGCGCGUACUGGACACCAAGAGGGAGAGGGAUUCAUCGAGCGCCGGAGUGUCCGAGAACCCGGAACUACUGCAGGUUGGACGGUCACACGAGAUGGACCCCUUGUAUGCGGAGUCGUCAAGAAGGAACAACAGCAUUGUGUCGUUCGACUGGGUGACGCUCGGCUCGCCCGUCCUACGACCCCGGAUGCUGGUGCUUCGGGCCAACGGAAACUUCGAGAUCUUGGAACAACCGUCGCAAACGGCAGAUCACGUCUACAAGAUGGUGCCCUGGAGCGCGCCCCAUCGUGGCCUCGAAGCGGGAACACCCUAUAUGGACAUGAUGCACUUUGAGCCAUCGCAGGCCCCUAGCAUGAUGGGCCCUCUCUUGAUAGAGAAAACACUAGCCAACGUACCCAUAUUUGGGCCAGAGGAGGCCGACAUCGAGGCGACAAUCGAGCGCACCUUGCGCCCGGGUGCCUGUUCCACUGUCGGCGCUGACCUCGUCAACGGGAUCCAAGAUAAGCUACCUGACUCUUUCUACGCGGCGGAGACCGUGUCGGGCAAGCUGCGUGCCCUUCGGGCGUUUGUGCGCGAGCAAUUCGACGACGACGAAAAUCUGGGCAAUCUACAGCCGCAGCUGGGGAACCUCAACAUUGCUAGAAGCAGUGAGAGCGGAAUUCCAUUAGCGACAGGCGCCGUGGGGUCGUGUCGCGAGUUUCACGAAGCCCUUCUCAAGACACUGAACCACGCGCCCGGCUUGCCACGAGAAGCACAGUCCGUCAUCGACCACAGUAUGGUCCUACGCGCAAAGGAGCGGUAUCUGUUCGAUGCCGCGACCAAUCACCACGUCGUCAAUGACGACCCGUGGGUGAAAUUCGCCUGGGACUGGAUUGCGGACGCUGAACAUGCCGCCGAUGAUGGCGGCAUGCUCAUCUCCACCAUGGACCUGAGCUACCUGGGCAUCGCGUCCGUCUGGACCAACGACCUUGGCCGCAAUCCAACUUCACGCUUGACCGGGGGCGCACCUUCAGUCCCGGAACCUUCACACUGGGAACGAGCCCUGGGCGUCUACUGCAACAAGAAGCGGCAUCUGCCAAAGUUUGACGGUGUCACGACAAAGCGCCCUCACCACAGACAACUGUGUCUCGAGAUCUGCGGAUGGGGAGACUUGCAACGUCACGAUCCCACCGCAGAUGUCGACCCGGAAUACCCAGCGACGAUUCACACCAUGGCCGCCUCCAGAGCCUUGUUCAGGGGCGACACACCCCAAGCGGUCCAGAUCCUCAAGCGGGCGAGCAAGGCACACCCGGAGCUCCUCUUCGUGUCCCUGGCCCUCCAGCUCAUGGGCCGCGGCGACAAGCGUCUCGCCAAGGAACAGCUGGACUUUGACCCGACGGUGGCCUCCAACACGGACCCGUACCUGCAGGCCAUGUCCUCCCUCAUCGCCACGGGCGACUGGACGUCCAUCGCCAACCAGCUCUCCCUUCCCCUAUCCGACCGGGCCUUUGUCGCCGUACGCAACUUUCCGGACGACCAGCUGACGGCCUGGCUCCACGAGCAGGUGGCGCGCGCCGUGCAGGAGGGCGACAUCGAGGGCAUCGUCCUCACCGGCAUCACGGACGCGACGGUCGACAUCUUCGCCCGCUACAUCCAAAAGUUUGGCGACGUUCAGACCGCCACGCUCGUCCUGUCGAUAAGCUACCCAAAGUACAUUGACGACAUUCGCUGCCGGGCCUGGCGGCGCGCGUACAGGGACCACCUCCAGCGCCACAAGCUCUUCCACCACCGCACAAAGUUUGAGGUCGAGUCGACCAAGCGCUCCAAGCGCGAGGGCGUCCCGACGCUGAAGCCGCCGUCGCGACAGAUUGCCCUGCGCUGCGUGUACUGCGACGCCGAGACGUCCCUGGCGAACCACCAUCACCACCAGCAUCAGCAUCACCAGCGCACGUCCUCCGGCGGCGAGGCGCGCAACCCCAUGCUGACCACGAGCAUCAACGCGGGCGUCAGCUGCCCCAACUGUGGACGUCACCUGCCGCGGUGCAUCGUGUGUUUGGAGGUCGUCGGCGUGCCGCGCAGCGAUCGUCCCGAGGAGCACCCCGACACCAAGAUGGCCGGACGCUUCCCUACAUUCUGCCUGCGCUGCGACCACGUCUUGCACUUGGAUCAUGCACGGCAAUGGUUCGCGCGGCAUACAGAAUGUCCGGUCCCCGAGUGUCGCUGUCGCUGCAACUUUAGGGCCAAUCCGGAACUAAGCUAUCAUUAGAAGGGUGUGGUGGGACGCGUGUGGAAUUCUUGUCUUUUUUUUUUAUUCAUGCGCGCUCCUGUAAGUACAAACGCUCAAUUAUUAAAGGAAGGCUAUUCUGCUGCCGCCGCCGCUGCUGGUAAUGACAAGAGCGCUCA